GAAAGAAGAAAUGGAUAUAUCCUAUCAAGUUUUAAACAGAAUGGGUCAGAACCAGGACGAUGGAUACGAAGUUGGAACAUCAUUCGAUUGGAUUGGACAAAACUUAGUAUCAGAGAAUUCAGAACAGGUAGAAAGGGAGAGGAUAGGUGAAACCCAAAAGAAAUUUAGAAAGACAUUGUUAGUCACUACCCUACUGAUGGUUCUGCUGGUUGGAUUUAUUACAUUUGCUGUAUUAUUCGGCGUUGAAAAAGACAAAAGGAAACAGUAUUUACAAAGGCAAGUGGACAGUUUAAAGAAAGGCUGGAAAUGUUUUAAUGAUACACCGGUGGACUGCAGAUGGCUCUAUGAUAAAGGAGUUAUGAUGUCUGGUGUUUAUAUAAUUUGUCCAUGGAAAAGAGGAGAAACAAACUUACAUUGUGUGCAAGUUUACUGUGAUAUGGAAACAGAUGGCGGGGGAUGGACAGUGAUACAAAGAAGACAGUCCGGCGAUGUGAGCUUUGAAAGAAAUUGGGAAGAAUAUAAGAUGGGAUUUGGAGAUGUUUUUACAAGCUACUGGAUUGGAAAUGACAUCAUACACCAACUAACAAAAGAAAAAAGUAGUUCUCUUUACAUGGAAAUUACUCUCUUCAACGAAACAGUCAUGUUUAUGAAAUAUGAAUUUUUCUUCAUCACCGAUGAAAACACUGAUUAUAUCCUGAAUAUUAGUGGAAAAGCAACUGGAACAUUGGAAGACAGGAUAAGGAAUGUUCCACCAUCAGACAUGAUCAAUGGGGCAAAAUUUAGUACUUAUGACAAGGAUAACGACCAAAGUAAGACAUAUAGCUGUGCUGUUGAUCACCAGGGAGGAUGGUGGUAUAAUUAUUGCCAUGAUGUGUACCUUAAUGGUCCUUAUAGCCCUGGAGAGUGGCCUCAGCCUUGGUUCCCUCCCUUACCGGAUGGAUCUAACAUUACCAAUACAAGGAUGAUGAUCAGGCGCAAAAAGAUGUAAUAUAAAAUUGAUCAGCUGGAGUUUCAUCAAUAAAACUGUCUAUUAAUGCGAUUCAUUCUAAAUUGAAGUGAAUCUUCCAAAUGUUAAAAAAUUUCGAUAUGCCACUGCUGUAAAGACAAAAAUCUUUUUCUGUAAUUUUGUGUUUAUUUAAAAAAUAAACAACUUUAUUCAGUGAACAUGGCGUUAUGAAUAGCAAUUGCUCUGCUGGUAUAUUCCAUGAUGCGCGCUAGCGCAUCAUGGAAAGUAUGCCAGCAGAGCUAUUGCUAUUCAUAACGCCAUGUUCACUGAAUAAUCGUUGUUUAUUACUUAUAUUUGCAUUCUGUGAUGUCAAGAAUAUCAGAGGAAAUCCCGGCCUGCAUAAUUGCACCGGUGCUUGUCCCCAGUGAAGAAAAACAUGACAAUAAAAUUAGUAAAUCUGAUUAAUAAUAAUUUAUCCACUUUAUCUCCAAUUAAUCACAAUAUUUUUGGUAUUUGCUUAUUAACCACAGUUAUCUGGAUACAAUCCGCGCCGUCGUAAAAUUCUUAAUUUUUUUGUUUUGUUGCUGUGACGCGCAAUGACGUCAUCGUCAUCGAAACUCUCUGAGAAAAAUUAUAAAUAACAAUACAUAUGCUUUAUGAA